UCACUUUUCGCCAAGCUUAGGGUUUAGUCACGGGCUGCUGCUGCUUCUUCCUCUUCGUCGUCGUCUCACUCUGUUAGGGUUUAAGCGAGACAGAGCGAAGCCAUGAGCAGGAGCUUGGGGAUCCCGGUGAAGCUGCUCCACGAAGCCUCGGGCCACAUCGUCACCGUCGAGCUUAAGAGCGGCGAGCUCUACCGGGGGAGCAUGCUCGAGUGCGAGGACAACUGGAAUUGCCAGCUCGAGAACAUCACUUACACCGCUAAGGAUGGAAAAGUCUCACAGCUUGAGCAUGUAUUUAUUCGAGGGAGCAAAGUCAGGUUCAUGGUAAUACCAGACAUGCUGAAGAACGCUCCAAUGUUCAAGCGCCUGGAGUCCAGGAUCAAGGGUAAAAGCUCAGCAUUGGGAGUUGGCAGGGGACGAGCUGUUGCGAUGCGAGCUAGAGCUCAAGCUGCUGGAAGAGGAGCAGCACCGGGUAGAGGCGUUGUUCCACCUGUUCGAAGGUAAACAACCAUCCGCACUCCAGAUGGUCUCCUGUUCUCGAUGUAGAGAUGGUGUAUCUUGGUUUCAAGUGAAAUUUGAGUCGACAGGAGUAAAUGCUUGUGUUCGAAAUACAUUUGGGUUGGGAUUUUAUGUCAAGGUAAGAGAGAUCUUGAGUUCAUGAGCUCUCUCUCUUGUUACCAAGCUCAUUGCCGGACAUUUUCUGUUGCUGAAUGUUAGGAUGGUGGUUUGCUUGGGAUAUACCGGAGUGUAGUAGGACCAGAUUUUUAUCAUUUUUCUUGGACGACUGUGGAUUUACUUCUCUUAACCAAAAUGAAUGAUCUGUUAUCUGUGCGAGUAGAGGGUGAUUCUCCAGUAUUCCAUGA